AGCAGAUACGUACGUACCUACAAAGAGGGCAAAGAAUACGUGAAUGUUUUCUUCGAACCAGCUCUUCUUUAUCAACAAAGCUUGGCAAGUUCACUUCAGUAUCAGAUCUCUGAAAGUUGGUAGAACAAAGUGUCGGGCAAAUUGUCGUUUACCAUCGUACGAUGACUUCAGACGAGAAACCAAGCUCUCUGUGGAGUUUUGGUUACGGAAGUAACAUGGAUGUGAUUGCCCUUGAGAAAAAGAAGCAUGUCAAAGUCUUGGAUCAUACCCCAGCCAUCUUGAAAGACUUUAACCUUACUUUCGGUACUCCUGGAAUGCCCUGGGUUGAGCCGGCAUAUGCCAGCAUAUCCCCAGCCAAAGGCUCAGAAGUCCAUGGAGUCGCAUUCUUAAUGACGCAAGAAUCUUUGGACGAGCUGAACAGGACAGAGCUUGGAUACAAUCAAGCCGAAGUCACGUUGAAAGCCUAUGAUGGCCGAGAUUUGGCCGGGUUUGUUUACGCCCCCAAGAACGGAUGGCCCGAUAAGGACCUGCUGCCAUCUUCGAGAUACCUUGGUGUUCUGAUAAAAGGCGCCAAUCAGGCUGGUUUGGAAAAAGAAUACAUUAAACGACUUGAAUCUCAUCCAACGUAUUCCCCACCUGAUUGGCUAAUUCAAUUGAGAAAGUUACGCCCUAAUCCCGAAGAACUACCCCCCAUUACGGUGGACGAACUGGCUCAACACGCGUCUCAAGAAAACGGCCUGUGGGUGGGUUGUCUUGGGUACGUGGUUAAACUGAACAAGAGCCAAUGGGCGUUGGGAGCCCAUCGGGGGCGUGAUGUGACAACCAGGACCUUAAUGCAAUUCCAUGGCAUUCCUCUGGAUGAUAAUGACGACAAAGGCCGUCCACCCUAUCCUCUGGUGACUGAUUUGAAUCCCAAUGAGCUGGAAUACGUCACUCGUUGGUUGGAUUUUUAUCAAGUGGGCAAAUCCACCGAUGGUACCGACAACCUUGGCGAAAUCAUUGGAUAUAUCCCGGAUUUCUUGGCUCAACAGAAGUCCGGAAAGACCGCGUUUCAACUGCCUCCGAUUCCAUCAUAAAUGCAUAACAGAUUACUCGUACUUGUCAAUCUUGUUUCCCUGUCAUGCAACAAUGGAAAGAGAAACAUUGCACAACAAUUACGUGCCUGGGAUUAAAAGUGUAACGAUAAA